AUGCUGGUGGCCGCCAUCGCUCAACAAUCUAAUCCGUCGCAGCAGCUCAAUAAUGGCCAGCAGCCAGGCUCGAACGGCGCCCGGCGGGCGCAGCGGAAGUUGGUUCCGCAUGGGCGUGGCAGCUAUUUUCGCAAAGUCACCUCGGCGGCGGCCAAUCAAGCGCCGCGCGCCAGACAACAAUCCCGAACUGUAAGUGUGAGCCCGGCUCUUCCCGCUUCUCUCGCCGCUUUCAUUCCAUUGUCGUCGGGCGGCCUCGCAGCGCGACUCAAGGCGCUGUCUCGGCAACAGCAGCAACAGCAGCAACAACAACAACAACAGCAACAACAACAACAACAACACGCCAGCCAUGCUGCUGGGCCGAGAUGCGUCUCUAAUGCGGCGCACACGCCAUCGGCCGGCCGCAUGCUGUCCAAGGCGCAUUCUUCACUCUAUAACAAAUGA